AACGGACCAUCUCCCAGUUGGACUUGCGCGCGCGAGCAGUGGUAUGGCGGGCAGUAGCGGGAUUUGACUAAAAGGCAGCUUUGAGUUGGCAGAAGAUUCGCUGAGAAAUGGCUUCGUUUGUUACAGAAGUACUUGCGAGCUCGGGAAAAUUGGAAAAAGAUGACCUUGCUUCGAAAAUAUCCAAACUGUCUCGGAAAGUGGAGGAAACCAAGGAGGAGAUGUCUGACAUGAUCAAUAAAAAAUACAAUGAGUUCAUACCUAGUAUGGAAGCAGCUGAGGAGCUCAUGGACCAGGUGGAAUCCGUAUCCAAAGAUAUUGAUCUCCUGAAAAGCUGUAUUGAUAAUGAGGUGCAGAGGAACCUCCAUGAGGCUGUAACUGAAUAUGCCAAACUCAAGCAGCAGUUGGAGAAGAACACUUCAGUGAUAAACAUGCUCCAACACCUACAAGAGCUUGACACAGCCAUGGAGGAAUAUCACAAAAACCUGCAGAUGAAGAAAUAUGAGACAGCAGCCAAACAACUCGGAAAAGCACGGGCCAGCUUUGAAGCCCUGAAAGCUUGGAACACUUCCGAUCUUCCAUUACUUUGUGCUAUUAGCUCCGAGCUCACUGUCCAGAGAGAGAAUCUCAUCUACCACCUUGGAGAUGAGUGGAAGCAACUGGCAGUGUGGAAGCUACCUCCAACCAAAGAACUGACUGGAAUGCAGUCUUUCCUAACCACAGCACUUCAUUUAGUUGGAGGAGAAUCUAAAGAGGAAACAAACUUUCCCGAUCCAUUUCUUUCCAGUGUACUUCAGGCCCUUGCUAUACAAGGAGAGCUGCACAAAAAGAUCAAACUAUUUGGUCAGGUAUUACUAAAGUAUAUGCUAAAGCCUCUGAUCAUGUACCCAUCUCUGUUGGUGGAAGUGAGUGAGCACCUCGAGGUUGGCACAGUGUUGAGUCUACAGAGCAAGGAGAACCGAGCAGAGCGUCCCACUCCUGAGGACGUGUAUGCCAAAAUCCUUUUAGUGCUCAAGACCCUACACAAACAUCUGUUCGAUACAGCUGUUGGUGAAAAGAAAGUGUCUGCUAUAUUGGGAGACCAGAUAUGGGAGGAGAUGUCAGACUGUAUCAUCCGGGAAUGCUUAUUGCAUUCCAUACCGACUAACAGUAGUCAGCUUGCAGAUUAUGAUACGGUUAUCAAACAAACAGAGGAUUUUGAAAGACAUUUAAAGGAAAUGGACUACCUGUCUAGAGACUCCACAGAUCUCUUGAAGUAUGCCAGAAAUGUCAACUGUCAUUUUGCUAGCAAAAAAUGCCAAGAUGUCGUAGUAGCUGCUCGGAAACUAAUGACCUCAGAGAUGCAUAACACAGUUAAAAUCUCUCCAGACUACAAGCUCAGCCUACCUAAACUGCCAAGCCAUGGUGCCGGGAGCAAAGAGAAGCAGGAGGGAAAGAAGGGUGGCCAGACUGUUCAGCUGAUUCUGGAGAACGAGAAACAGCUGGGCCAGCGCACUCUAUGCCUUCCUGUGUGUCGCAUCAGUGAGUCCGUGCAACAGCUGAUGCAGCUGGCUAUAAAAACGCUGUCUGAGGCAGUGGGCAGCUCCCCCCAGUGCGCUGUCCAGCUCUUCUACACCACCCGAAAUAUUUUUCACUUAUUCUAUGAUGUAGUUCCGACAUACCACAAGGACAACCUGCUUAAGUUUCCUCACUUAGCCGCCAUCCAGCACAACAACUGCAUGUUCCUUGCCCACCAUCUGCUGACACUCGGUCAUCAGUUCAGACCACAUCUUCCUUUGAAAGACGGAGUGGUCUAUUUUGUAGACUUGGUCCCAGGCUUUAGAAAACUGGGUGCUCAGUGUUUUGUGGCGCAGAUGAACGUUCAGAAAGCAGAAAUGUUGGAGAGACUGUCCACUGCCAGAAACUUCUGUAAUCUGGACGAUAAAGACAAUUACACUGCGGCUAGCAAGGCAGUCAGACAAGUGAUUCAUCAGCUAAAGCGACUCGGGAAAGUCUGGCAAGAUGUCCUACCAGUGAACAUAUACUGCAAAUCCAUGGGGUCACUUCUGAAUACAGCGAUUUCUGAACUGAUUACAAAAAUCAUGAUGUUGGAGGACAUCUCAACUGAAGACGGAGAGCGUCUGUUCACACUCUGCCAGACCAUCAUAGAGGAAGGACCUCUAGUCUUCACACCAUUACCAGAGGAGUCCAAGAACAAGAAAUACCAAGAGGAAGUGCCAGUCUAUGUGAAGAAGUGGAUGACCUUUAAAGAACUGUCCAUAGUGCUGCAGGCCAGUCUGCAAGAUAUUGUGGACAGGUGGGCAGAGGGCAAAGGGCCUCUCGCACAGGAGUUCUCCAGUAAUGAAAUGAAGAGUCUAAUUCGAGCUCUGUUCCAAAACACAGACAGACGAGCCAUAGCCCUCACUAAAAUCAAAUGAUGACUCAAAUUGCCAAAUCACUUAAUGUUACCAGACUACAGUGCUGCACAGCUGCUCUUCCUUCUUUAAUUUGUGAUUUUAUUUUCUAUUAUGCUGUAACAUGAAAUAAUAAAUGCAUUUUCAAGCAAGAUCACUUAA